GUUGAUGAUUGUGUGAGUACGAUGUAAACAAAGCCCCAAAAACCUCAAAUCAUCGUCAUCAAUUUCGGAUUUGACGAUCAACAAAUAACAAAACCGAAACGUAGACGAAAACAAAGAUCUUCAAAUCGGCUCUGACCAAACAAGAUAAAACGGUCUGGACGAAUAAAAAAAACGUUCGGUUCCUGAACCAGAAAACGAACGUAUUUUUUAUUCGUACCACGAAAAAUAAACCAAACGAAACAAACAAAAAAAAAAAAAUUUCAAUUAAUAAUUGAUUCAAUUCGUUAUGGCAUUUAGUGGCCAUCCACAAGUAGUUGAAUUUUUUCGUUUGGUCGAUAAUAAUUCAUCUGUAUCAAAUAAUUCAUCAUUAGCUGCUGCAUUUUCACGCGUAUUUGCACGUUUACCACAUAAUCUAUUUAACGAAAAUCGUUCAUCAGGUUCACACGGAGGAUCAUCAUCAUUGAUCGGUGGUGGCAUUAGUGGUAACGCCGCUAUCAACACGGAAACAUUUACCAAUUCAAACGUACAGCUAAAAUUGUGUCCAACACGUUUAGCUACAAUGGGAACGAUGUCCGAUAUACGUGCACUAGAACAUCAAACCAUAAAGGUACCAUAUGAAAUUCUGAAUAAAAAAUUUCGUAUGGCCCAAAAAAAUAUUGAUCGUGAAGCAUCACAUGUACAAUCAUCGAUUGCUGAACUUGAAAAAAUGGUUAAUCAAUCUAAAGAUAUGAUUGCUGAUGCUGAUAAAGAUGGUAAUGACAAUGGUAAUGUCAGUAAUGAUGAUCAUGAACCUGUUACAAUUGGACGUAUCAAUGAAUUACUGGUCGGUGUGGUUAAUAAAUUAUCUGUCUUGAAACGUAAAUCAAUUGAAUCAAUUACGGAUGAAAUAAAUGCAGCAAAUGUUUGUAAACGACGAUUAGACCAUCUUAAAGAAUAUUACAUAAUGAAUAGUAAACAACAACAUCAGCAGCAGCAACAACAACAACAACAAUUGCAGAAUAAUCAUCAACAAUCAGAACCAUCAUCAACACCUCAUGCACCACUGUUAUCAUCAUCAUCAGCACCAAUAAUAACGAAUGAAAUGGAUGAUCCAGUCAUUGCACAAUGGAAACGCAAACGAAUGGAUCGUAUGCUUGUGGAUCAUUGUUUACGUGCUGGCUAUUAUGAAACGGCCAUCCAGUUGGCUGAAUGUUCGGAUAUCGAAAAUUUAACAAAUAUCGAUAUAUUUUUGGUUUGUAAAGAUAUUGAAUCAUCAUUGGCACGAAAUGAAACAGCACGAUGUUUAGCAUGGUGUCAUGAAAAUAAAUCUAAAUUACGGAAGAUUAAAUCAACAUUAGAAUUUAGUUUGCGACAACAGGAAUUCAUUGAAUUAAUACGUUCAGAACAACGUGUAGAAGCGGUUCGAUAUGCACAGAAAUAUUUUUCAAAUCUUGAAGAUCUUGGCGGAAUAUCCAUAUCGAAUGAUCUUCUACGAGUGAUGGGUCUAUUAGCAUUUCAAUCGACCACACAUGUUGAGCCAUAUAAAUCAUUAUUUGAUUUAAAUCGUUGGCAACAAUUAAUUCAACAAUUUCGACAAGAAAAUUUCAAGCUAUAUCAGCUAACAAAUGCAUCGAUAUUUUCCAUCACAUUACAAGCUGGUCUUUCAUCGCUGAAAACACCACAAUGUUAUCGAAAAGAUGGCAAUCGUAAUAAUGAAUGUCCCGUUUGUUCCGAAGGUCUAAAUAAAUUAGCAUCAUCAUUACCAUGUGCACAUUGUUCACAAUCACGUCUUGUAUGUUUCAUAACGGGUGAACCUAUGAAUGAAAAUAAUCAACCAUUAAUGUUACCGAAUGGUUAUGUUUAUGGUGAGAAAUCAUUACGUAAAAUGGCCGAUGAAAAUGAUGGAAAGGUUACCUGUCCACGUACGAAUGAAUCAUUUAAUUUUAAAGCAAUAGAAAAAGUCUAUGUUAUGUAGAGAUCUUUUUUUCUUUAUCUAAUUUUGAAUUCAUAUUACAUUUCACUAUAAUGGCUAUAACUUGUGCUUGAAAUAUCUCUUUCCUCUCAUCAACCAUCAUUGGUGAUGCCAAAAUUCGUUUUUUUUCUUUUUAUUCAAUUUUCUUUAAUAAUUAAUAAUAACCAUAUGUAAUUGUAAUACAAACAUGAUUAAAAAAAUUUGAAAAUC